UCCUUUUCUUUCUCUUUUCUUCUUUCUCCCUUCUCUGUUGCCGCACCAUAGUAACCCUUUUCCUUCUUUUCUCUUCUUCUCCUUUCCUUUCCUUCAGUCACCCAAACCAGCAGCAACCCGACCUCCUUCCUCUUCAUUUCCUUUCUUCUCUUCCCUUUCUUUCCUUUUCCUUUCUUUCUCCUCUUUCUCUCUCAGAUCCACAGCAACCCUUUCCCUUUCCUCUUCUUUUCAUCUCACCCCAUCACACACAGUGAUGCAGAGAUUAAGAGGAGAGAUCCGACCAUUGAAGAGAAGAAGAGUGAAAUAAAUGGGUUCCGGCCAUGGGGUGUUUUUGAGUUUUCUAUUUUUCAGUGUGAAGCGUUCGGACGAUCUCUCUUGGCGUCCGGGGGAGUCGAUUUUUGGUGUCCAGACGAUAUUUUUUUUAUGGAGUCCGGACGGGCGGAGCUUAGUCGUCCGGACCACUCAUCGCUUGUUGGCCAAGAUAGUGCAGCACAACCUAUGGCCAGUUGUCAGGCGCAGUGACCUGACUCUGAAGAAGGCCCAGUUCGUGUAUGUUAUCCACCUCCGCUUGCCUUUCUGCUUAUGCAAGCAUAUUAUGAGCGUCAUGCUGGAGGCCCGUGAUGAGAGUAAUACCGGUCUCCCUUUUGGCUGCCUGCUCACUCAGAUCAUUCUUCAGUCAGGCAUCAACGUUACUGGAGAACCGAAGAUGAAGAUUCAACAGCCCAUCGGCAAGCAAACUUUGAUGAAGUCUAAUGCACAGCUGCAGAGAGAUGACUCCGAUGAUGAGGUGCCCAUUCCUGCUGCCAUGCCUGUCGGCUUUCCAGACAUGGCCUCAUCCUCUUAGACAAUCCCGCCUUCAGAGCCGGAGAUCAAUUUUUCACAAAUCAUGCAAGCUUAGCUGCUAUUCAGGGAGGCAUGAACACCAUGCAGCAGUCCAUCACCUCCAUGCAGCAGGAGGUGCACUCCAUCAACAAGCGGGUGGAGCAGAACCAGCUGGAUCUCAGGGAGUGCCUCAAGUAUCAUCAUCCUGGCAGUAGUGAUGAUGAGGAUGAUGCGCCUAGGACUACACCUAUGGCAGAGGAUGAUUGAGCUCCUUUUAUUUUACUGUGUUGUUGUGUUUUUUUGUUUGAGACAUUUGACUUAUAUUUUGCUAUGUUAAAACUCUUUGACUUAUAUUACUCUGUUUACCCUGGUCCUUCUGAGACCGUUAGGGGGAGUAAUUUUAUUCAAGUUGUGUUCUUUUA